GAAACAGUUCAUUCCCUGCUGACUGACACGAUUUUAGCGCGAUAUCUCUACAUGAUUAUGAUUAUAUGAGGUGCUUGAGCUUAAUUAAUAUUGCAUUCGGCUGUUCACAUUGAUCUUCUCUCGCUUUGAUCGCGCACGCUGUUCAUUUGGCCGAAUGUCUGCCUCGGAUUUUCUACGGGAAGCGGAAAGUCUCAGAAGAUUGCUGAGUAAAGAGGAGCGCGAGGCGAUCAGACGACAGGAUCUCAGAGAGACUUUCAGCGAGUUUCACGAGCUCAACGAUCAGCUGCAUCUGCGCCUGCGCACCGACAUCAUGAAAGUCCAGCAGCAGCUGCAGAAACUCAAGAACGGCGUCUUCAGAUUCCAGCAGCAGCUCAUGGACACCAAACCGUCUCCAGAUGUGGUGGACAGAUUGAGAGACACCAUGACAGACAUUGAGACGUCCAUCAACAUGUUCAAAGACACACAGCAUCAAAGGUACGAGACGCGUUUCAGAUGUGUUUCGUGCCCUGCUCUGACACACUCUGUGCUGCAAUAG